AGACGUCAGCCGGGUCGGACCAUGCAUCGCACUAACAUGAUACUUGUUGCGCUCGUGGCCAUCGGCUACUUGGCCACUGUCAACGCCUGGGGUGGCCUCUUCAACCGCUUCAGCGCGGACAUGCUGGCCAACAUUCAGCAUGGCCAGACCCCCUACCGCCAAUACCCGCAUACUCAGGUGGAACCUGACAACAUCUAUACUGAUAUCCUGGACGGGGAAAGCGCGGAUGAAGAGGAACCGACCGCGCACUGCUACAGUUUCCCUUGCGCAACUAACGCUGACUGCUGCCAGGGUCUGCUCUGCCAGGACACUGAGGAGGGAGGUCGCUGCCUGCCUGCGUUUGUAGGCCGCAAGCUGGGUGAAAUCUGCAACCGUCAACACCAAUGCGAUGCCGGUCUGGUCUGCGAGGAGGUUCUGUCCGGUGAGAUCCGUGUGUGCCGACCCCCGUCUAUCGGUCAUAAGCAAUACAACGACGACUGCAAUGUGUCCAGCGAGUGUGACAUCUCUCGCGGCCUCUGCUGCAUCAUGCAACGCCGGCACCGACAGAAACCACGCAAGAGCUGCGGAUACUUCAAAGAGUCUCUGGUUUGCAUCGGCUUGGUGGCUACUGAUCAAAUACGUGAAUACGUCCAACAUACCGCCGGAGAGAAACGCAUCGGACCUUUCCGUCUCCAUUAAAAUGUAACUACGACAUACUUUGCGUAACAUGUCUCCGAUUCUAAUUGUUUAGAGAUAUCAUAACAUUUACUGAAUUGUUUUUGUUAAAUCUGUUAAAAUAACAUGUUACGAUAAGUAUGGAUUUAACCCUUGAC